CGCGUCACCAUGGAGCUCGUUGGUAUCAUUUUAGCUGCCUCGGUUGUGUUCGCUACGUGCGUAUAUCUUUUCCUGCGCCAUCGGUACAACUACUGGACGCGGCGUGGUUUUCCGACCAUCCCGAACCAGCGGCUGCUGUUCGGGCACGUGAAGGGUAUCAACACCGAGCGCCACGCAUCGUGCGUGACGUUGGAAAACUAUCAGGCACUAAAGAGUCGCGGCGAAGCGUUCGGAGGCAUUAAUAUAUUCGUCAUACCGGCCGUCGUGCCCGUAGAUCCGGAGGUGAUCCGGGCGAUCCUGGUGAAGGACUUCAGUGUGUUCCACGAUCGGGGCCAGUUCGCCGAUCCCGAGGCGGAUCCACUGUCCGGGACGCUGUUCGCGCUGGAGGGCAAAGCGUGGCGCACCCUUCGCCAGAAGCUGACGCCGACGUUCACCUCCGGCAAGAUGAAGCAGAUGUUCGGUACGAUCCUGGAGGUUGCGGAAAGGCUGGGGAUGCACGUGGAUGAACACGUGCACGAGGGGCGCAUGGAGAUGAAGGACAUUUUGGUCCGGUUCACGACCGACGUGAUCGGCACGUGUGCGUUCGGCAUCGAGUGCAACACGCUGAAAGACCCCAACUCCGACUUUCUCAAGUACGGCGGCAUGGUGUUCAAACAGAAGAUGUCGACCAUGAUCAAGAUUAUCUUCAUACUGCUCGCCCGGGGACUGUCGAAGCGUAUCGGUGUGAAGAUAACGGACGCCGGUGUGGAGAGGUUUUUCAUGAACCUCGUCCGGGAGACGGUGGAGUAUCGGGAGAAGAACAAUGUGCAGCGGAACGAUUUCUUGAACCUUUUGAUACAGAUCAAGAACAAGGGCAGUUUGUCGGAGCAGAACGAGGGGCACGUGGGCAAGGGUGAGGAGAUCGGCAUGACAAUGAACGAGCUGACGGCGCAAGUGUUCAUCUUCUUCCUGGCCGGCUUCGAGACGUCUUCUACCACGAUGAACUUCUGUUUGUACGAGUUGGCGAAGCAUCCGGACAUCCAGGAUCGUUUGCGCGAGGAAAUCAAUAAGGCCAUCGCCGCCAACGAUGGGCAACUGACGUACGAUGUGACAAUGGGUAUCGAGUACCUGGACAAUGUGAUCAAUGAAACCAUGCGUAAGUAUCCUCCGCUUGAGACGAUUACGCGGACGCCAGAGCGCGACUACACCAUCCCCGGUACGACGCACGUCAUUCCCAAGGGCACGAUGGUACAGAUCCCGAUCUACGCUCUACACCACGAUCCGGACUACUUCCCCGAGCCGGACCGGUUCGAUCCGGAUCGCUUUAAGCCGGAGGUGGUCAGCCAACGCCCACCGUACGUAUACAUGCCGUUCGGUGAAGGUCCACGGAUCUGCAUUGGACUGCGGUUCGGUAUGAUGCAGGCCAAACUGGGUCUGAUAACAUUGCUACGCCAAUUUCGCUUCACCCCAACCGAGGACACGCCGGAUCGUAUCACGUUUGAGCCGAAGGUGUUCUUCUUGACUCCCAACAAAGGGAACUAUCUACAUGUUGAGAAAAUUUGACUCCGCUGCCCGUGACAAAACUUCGAAUCUGAACCAACUGAGCGCUCUGGGUACAUUAUUCUACCGAUCAUCCGCCACGGUCGUGUUCGACACGGGCAAACUAUUUAUCGUACGCAAAUGGUUGCGUCAUCGCGCCAAAUAACUCGCUUGAUAUUUACCAUAUGUUGAAAUGUUUAUAGGAAUAAAAAUAAGUCGAAUAUUCGUUUUCGCUCGA